UUUUUCCUUGAGAUGCCAGUUCAGAGGUGGAACGAGAAGCCAACAAACGUCCUCAUUUUAGAGGUGAGGGGUGAUGGCGUCUGUUUCAGACCAGCUUCUGGACGCUCUGGAUGAUCUAGUCACAGAAAAACUGAAGAGGUUUAAACGGAACCUAAGGAACCAUUACGGCAUUUCAGCUGCUGCUCUGGAGAAGGCAGACGCUCCUGACACAGUGGAUCGGAUGAUGGAGCGUUUCAGGCCAGAAGAAGCUGUGAAGAUCACGGUGGACAUCCUGAGGAAGAUGAACCUAAACCCUCUGGCUGAAGAGUUAGAGAACAAACACAAGCAAGGAGAUACAGCUCCAGCUGAGAGCAGUAGAGAAGAUCCUGCCCCUGCUAGAGCCGAAUCAGAACCGAUAAAUGAAACACUCACCAACAUUGUUCUCAGGACCAGGAACCACUUCCUACAAUAUUCCCAUCAGCUCACUCUGGAUCUGAACACAGCACAUAAACGCCUCCGUCUGUCUGAGAGCAACAGAGUGAUUGCUUACGAUGGCAGAGAGCAGUCAUAUACUGAUCAUCCAGACAGAUUUGAUUAUUAUCGUCAGGUGUUGUGUAGAGAGAGUGUGUGUGGACGCUGUUACUGGGAGCUGGAGUGGAGUGGAGAUAAAGGUGUGUGUAUAUCAGUGUCAUAUAAGAGCAUCAGCAGGAAGGGAGGAGGUGAUGAGUGUGUGUUUGGAUAUAAUGAUCAGUCCUGGAGUUUGUUCUGCUCUCCCUCCAGUUACUCAUUCAUACACAAUAACAUAAAGACUGAUCUCGCUGUAGAGCACAUUAGCCGUACAAUAGGACCAUAUCAGUUUAUCAGUAGAACAGGAGUGUAUGUGGAUCACAGAGCAGGAACUCUGUCCUUCUACAGCGUCUCUGACACAGUGAGCCUCAUCCACACAGAACACACCACAUUCACUCAGCCGCUCUAUCCUGGGUUUUAUGUUGGUUUUGGAUCAUCAGUGAAACUGUGUUGAGGGAUCAGAAUAGCCUGAUGAGAGAUUCUACCCAUAAUGCUUUGAGGUGCAUGAUAAAUCAGUAACAGUGAGAUGUUAUAGAGUCUCUUUAUGACAUUUCAUGACAUUUCACUGAAAUAACAGUCAGAAUAAAUGUGUGUAAUAAAUCCUCAUAUAGACAGUAUGAUCUGUGUGUGUGUGUGUGUGUGUGUGUUUUAUUCUAGUGUCACAUUAAUCAUUUAUAUUAUUACCAUUUAAGAAAACUGAAAAAUGCUCUAUAAAUAAUACAGUAGUUUUCUGUAUAAAAAUGAGAAUUACAGCAUG